GGUGACUCGCCGUCGGUAAAUUGCUGCAUUGUUGUGGAAACGAACUGCAGCGACGUUCAUUACAUAUUGACGCACCAAUAUCUUCUCUUUCUCGUCGUCCCUUUUCGUAGAACUACCCUGCAAUUCCAACCUCGUGAAAUUGAAACUCUUGCCAGUUGUAAUUUCAACCAGGCCCACCAUGAGAGUUGGCGCGGUGAUCAGCUUCGCACUGAGCGUUGCCUCAAUAGCUGCAACAGCUCCAUACGAGCACCAUGCUAUCCAUGAAAAGCGAUCGGGAUCAAGCCCCAGAUGGAUUAAGCGAGACCGAGUUCCUUCCAACAAACGUCUACCGGUGCGCAUUGGGCUCACUCAGUCGAAUCUGGACAAUGCCGCUGAAUAUCUGCUUGAUCUGUGGACAUCGGACCAAGUGAUCGAGGCCUUUUGCCCAAGUGAGACUGCUGUGCAAGCGGUACGGGACUGGCUUGCCGAUCAUGGUAUUGAAAAUGUCACCCACUCGGACAACAAGGGCUGGCUUGCCUUCAACGCGCGAGUCUCUAAAGUGGAGGCUCUCCUGCGCACCGAGUACUUUGAACACGAAGAUGCCGUGACUGGAGGUAUCAUCCCCGCUUGCGACAAGUACCAUGUUCCCAUAACCAUUCAGGAGCACAUUGACUACAUCACGCCGGGAACUAGGCUGAUGGCGCCGGUUGAAGGCGACACUGACCUGAAGCUGAAGAAACGGGUGGACAGGCAAGUCAACCGGCAGAAACCACAGUGGAUGGCUGAGCAGGUUUACAAACAACUCUCCAAGAACGCCAGCGAUCUCAGUCACUGUGACCAGGCAAUUACUCCAGCUUGUGUGAAGGCGUUGUACAAGAUACCACCUGGCCACCUCGCCGACCCCACCAACUCUCUAGGAAUCUUUGAGGCCGAGCUUCAGUUCUGGCAUCAGGUAGAUCUGGAUCUUUUCUAUGCCAACUUUACGCCAUCGAUCCCCCAGCGCACGCAUCCCAUCAACUACGAGAUCGACGGGGCACCGCCAGUGACCACCCGGUAUUACCCGUACCCUGACAUGUUGGACUUGAUGCUUGCGUACCCCAUCGUGUACCCCCAGACCAUCACCGUCUGGAAUGUAGACGAUCUGCACUACCAGACCUGGGAGAAUGACACAUACACCUGGGGAUUCAAUGGACUCCUCGAUGCCAUUGACGGAUCCUAUUGCACCUACUCAGCUUACGGGGAGACCGGUGAUGCACCGGGCAUUGAUCCAACUUACCCCGACCCCUCGCCCGGCGGCUACAACGGAACCCUGCAGUGCGGUAUCUACAAGCCACCCAAUGUAUUUUCGUUCUCGUACGGUGGUCAAGAAGCGGACGUCCCCAUCGCCUACCAGAAACGCCAGUGUCAUGAGUUUCUCAAGCUAGGUCUUCAGGGUGUGUCUUUCCUGUUUGCUUCGGGCGACUUGGGGGUGAGCAAUUACCCAGCACCAUACGGGUUUGACGGCCCCACAGGCUGUCUUGGACCUGAUUUGAACAUCUACAACCCAACAUGGCCCAACGGCUGCCCCUGGGUUACCAAUGUUGGCGCCACCAAGGUAUACCCGGGUUACACGGUAUUUGAUCCAGAAAGUGCAGCAUACGACCCCGCUGUAACACCUCGCAGCGUUAACUAUUCGUCUGGCGGUGGCUUCAGUAACGUCUACGGAGUCCCACAUUACCAGAAGAAAGCGGCCGAUACAUUUUUGAAGGACCACAACCCUCCGUACCCAUACUACCGCGGACUUUCCCAAAAUGCGCUUAACCCGACGCUGCCAAAUGUCACUGCCCUCGCUGGUGACACUGGGAGAAUUUACAAUCGAGACGGGCGUGGAAUCCCCGAUGUGGCCGCGAAUGGUGACGACAUCGCUGUCUAUAUUGGCGGAAAAUUUGGACUCGCCGGUGGCACUUCGGCGAGCACGCCUAUCUUCUCUGCCAUAGUCAACCGCAUCAACGAGGAGCGGAUAGCUGUUGGCAAGGGCCCCGUUGGUUUCAUCAACCCCGUGCUAUACGACAACCCCGGGGUGCUCAACGAUAUUACCAACGGAAACAAUCCUGGCUGUGGAACGAUCGGGUUUGAGGCCGUCAAGGGAUGGGAUCCCGUGACGGGUCUGGGGACGCCAAACUACCCAAAGAUGCUGGACUUGUUCAUGUCUUUGCCGUAAAACGAAG